AAUACACGCUUAAAAUAAUUUCCCGAAGCUUUUUUUUAACUUUAGCCUUUCUAAAAGAAAGUCAACAUAUUUGUAACUCAAACAGGGAGCAGCUCUUCGCUCUCCGGCCCGCCUCCUCUUCCUCCUCCUCCUGUGUGCAGGAAUGGGGAGGGCAAGAAGUUAAAAAGAGUCCACCUCUGGGCCAUUGUUCUAGUUGUGGAGUUCUGGAGACGGGUCGGGACGCGGCUGCUGCGCUGCUGGUACCGGACGGCGGUCUGUCGUUAUGACGGGCUCCGGUCCGAAGCUGGGCGUCCUGCUGCUUGUGGCGGUUCUGCUGCAGACGGUGGUCGUCACCAUCACGGUGCUGCACUUCACCUCGGCUCUGAACUCGAUGAAAGAGACGUUCGCCAGGAGCAGCGUUUCCUGUCUGACAGGCUCCGACCUGCAGAGUAUCACUGCUGCACGAGGAGAUCCAUGCUGGCAGGUGACCCAGCAGCUUCACCUGCUCAUCCAAAAGUCUCUGUCUCAGCGCUACCAGAGGCGGAUUUCAUCAGCAGUGAGAGAUGAAGUGUCCCGCGUUUUGCCCUCACUAGUGAUGGAGGACAGGGCUUCACCUCGCCCCAAAGUUGCCGCCCAUGUCACGGGAAGUUUUGUGCCCAAACUGGAGCGAGAUGCAGCUGCAGGUCCUGCAGGGCGACGCGUUCAGGGCCAGAAGAUUUCUUGGUGGGAGGGCCAGAAGGGCCUGGCGUUCCUGCAGGACGUCCAGCUGCUGGAUGGGGAGCUGGUGGUGUCGCAGCCUGGCCUCUACUACGUCUACGCCCAGACGUACUUCAGGCACACCCAUUCCCUGGAGGAGAACAGCGAGGAGGCGGAGGACCGGGGGAAACCCCUGCUGCAGUACGUCUACAAAAAGGUGAACUCCUAUCCGGUUCCCAUCCUGCUGAUGAAGACCAGCCGGACCUCCUGCUGGUCCCGCGGUUCAGACUUCUCUCUGCACUCCGCCCACCAGGGGGGGCUGUUCCCACUCACCACCGGCGACCGCCUGUUUGUGACGGUGACCAACGCCUCUGCUGUGGACAUGGACGAAAAGAGCAGCUUCUUCGGAGCGUUUCUCAUCAGUUAGAAGGCCGAUCGAAGCCGAUUGAGGUUUUGUUAAAAUCGAUCAAACUGCUGCAAGCAUCAGACUCUCCUGAGGAAAUUCCUCUGUUGUCUUACGGGAUCAAAAACUGAACAAAACUUUGAUAACACUGGUUGGCAGAAGAGACCAAAACAACAGUUUGGAGCGUGGGUAAACUGAGACCGGACACAGCAAGGACAAAAUCUGGAGAACUUUUCUGGUCUGAUCAGGUCCAGAACCGAUUUCCACACGAACUGAAUGACUUCUGCUCCAAAUACCUUUUGAAGAAACUGCAAUUUCACAAUUUUAUGACAGUAAAUAUUUAUAUUUUUACCGCCAAACACUUUAGACAUCUGAGCCUCAGUUUAUUUUAAACUAUAUCAGGCAAAUGUGUUUGUGCCACAUAGGGAUGGUGAAUUUGAAAAUAGCACUGACAACUGACUUAGUAAUUAGUUAUAAUUGGAUAUAACUCCCACCACCAGAUGGCGGUAAAGUGCUUCCAUUAAAAUCGCAAACAAAUAGGGAGCAAAUUCACUUUUAACCACAAGGUGGUGCUGUUUAGUCCUGAUUUAUGGGGAUGAAGAAAAUAAUGUGCCACAUGUUUAAAGAUGACUUAAAAACAUUACAAACAUAAGGAGAAGAAUAAUAUUUAAAAUGUUAUCACUUAUAUAAGUUCAUCUUUUACAGAUCUAAAUUUAACAGACAAAAUGAAAAUCAAUUUACUACUUAACUUUAAUUUGUCUAAUCUAUCUGACUUUGUUUCCAAAAAUAUUUCCAUGACCCUCAAAGUUUAGUAACAUUUUCACUCAUAAAUAUGGCAAAUAAAAAGCAGAGCGCAAGAGCACAAAAUAUAAGAAUUAAAAGUUUGGAUCGUCUACACCAAAAUAUCUGUCAUUUUAUAAUAUCUUUACUCCCAGAUCUGUUUUCUUUUCUCAUUUUUGUGUCAUGUAAACAAACUUCUUUGUACCAUUAGAAGACGAUAAAAAUGUGCAUUGUAAAAACACAAAGUUUUACCUGUAUAGUUUCUAGUGCAAAUAUAUUAAUACACAUGAAAUAAGACAAAUGUAACUUUAAGUAACUGUUCAGCAGAAUACCAGAGUUUAUUUUAAUUCCUUACUUUGUAUAAAAUUCACUGGUUCCACUGGGAAAAAUGCCUUUUUAUCAGUGAAAUAAUCUGCCAGUGGAAAUAGUAUUUUUUAAUCAAUAUUAAUAAGUUAUUGACUUAAAACCAGCUGCAACAUCUUGUUGAAAAGUUACUUCUAAGUUAGUUUUGUUUUACUUUAAGUGUCGUUUUUGCACUGGAAGGCAGACUGAGGAAAAGUUUGUCUUUGCAGAGCGCUGACUUUUAAAAUCUGUCCAUUUAAGUCCACCUGAGGACAAGAUGGACCUUCUUCAUUUUCUACUGCUGCUAUCUCAUUUUCUGCCACCUAGUGGACAACCCGAGCAACUGCAGUUCACGCUACAGAUUGAUGCUUUGCAAAAACUUGUGAAUUUCAAAGUCCAGUCAAAAACGCGUGCUGAUUUCCUGGAUUUGUUUUUCUUAAAGGAUGUACAUACUGAGCUGUACUUGGUGCAUUUUAUUUUUCUGAACCUUUUUCCAUUUUUUUCCAAAAUGACCCUGAAGCCACAAAAAGACUCGCUGAAAUCCUUCUCCUGCCUCCAUUUCUGAUGGUUGCAUCACGUUGCUGCCUGUUUAAAAGCUCUUAGGUUGGUAAUUGUGUUAUGCUGCACGACCUGCUGGGCUGGAAUAACCAUCAUGGCGUCAUGAACUGCUGCAGUGAGCAACACCAGAUGCUCCCUGGGGGAAACAAACAUGAUCAUCAGAUGUUUUACCUCCUUUUCUGUGUUUACAUUUGAGGAAAACAAACUGCAGGAAGCUGCAAUCAACUCUAAUAAACUAAACACGACAGAGAUACAAAGAAACACUGUUUUUUCCAACGUUAGGUGAACGCAUCAGUCAUUACAGAGCAUAAACUUUCACUUUCCCGUUGGUUAAUUACAGCUGGAUGUGUUUUGGGAUUUAGAAAAGGGAUCAGGCCUGUUGCUGGUUUUCACUUUGAUGUGAAUAUUAAAACCAGAUAAACACA